UUUAAAUUUCCCGCAAAAAUUGAGUAAAUUUGACAUUGUUAAAUGUGUUGAAUUAAAAUAAAGAAAGUUAAAAACGAUUUAGAUUAAUUUUAAUUAAGAAGGAUGUCGCAAAGAAGCGGUUCUUCGGAUUCGCAGUCCAAUGUGGCCCAAAAAACAUGGGAAAUGGCUAAUAAAAUCGAAACCAUAAACACCAUAGAUGAGAUUUAUAGGUAUAAUAAACAACAGCAGCAAGAUAUUUUGACUGCAAAACCAUGGGAAAAAGACCCCCAUUUCUUUAAAGACAUAAAAAUCUCGGCUUUGGCUUUGUUAAAAAUGGUGAUGCAUGCUAGAUCUGGAGGUAACUUAGAAGUUAUGGGGUUAAUUUUGGGGAAGAUUGAUGGAAAUACCAUGUUUGUUAUGGAUUCUUUUGCUUUACCUGUCGAGGGUACCGAAACUAGAGUUAACGCUCAAGCACAAGCUUAUGAAUAUAUGAGUUCGUACAUGACAGCAGCUAAAUUAGUUGGAAGAGAAGAAAAUGCAAUUGGUUGGUAUCAUAGCCAUCCUGGUUACGGUUGUUGGUUAUCCGGAAUAGAUGUAACAACUCAAAUGACUAAUCAAAGUUAUCAAGAACCAUUUGUUGCGAUUGUAAUCGAUCCGGUUCGUACUAUUUCUUCUGGAAAAGUUUGUUUGGGUGCUUUUAGAACUUACCCCAAAGGUUACAAACCCGCUAAUGAUGAACCGUCUGAAUACCAAACAAUUCCCUUGAAUAAAAUAGAAGAUUUUGGUGUUCAUUGCAAACAAUACUACUCAUUGGAAGUUUCUUAUUUCAAGUCAACUCUCGAUAGAAGACUCUUGGACUCUUUGUGGAACAAAUACUGGGUAAACACUCUAAGUUCAUCAAGUUUAUUAACCAAUGCAGAUUAUACAACCGGACAAAUGGUUGAUUUAUCAGAAAAAUUGGAGCAAUCGGAAACCGCUUUAGGUCGUGGAGGGUUUAUGGUUGGGGGUCCGGAUCCGCACGAAAAACGCACUGAAGAUAAACUUAUGAAAGCCACUAAGGACAGUUGUAAAACAACAAUCGAGAUUAUUCAUGGUUUGAUGGCUCAAAUGAUCAAAGAUAGAUUGUUUAAUGGGAUUUCACCAAAACCAGUUGGUUAAUUUCUGUUGAUAUAUUACUUAUUUAAUUGUAUUGGCAUUCAAAAAUUCAUUAAAAACCUAUAAUUAAUAAAGAUUAUAAUUUAGGA